AUGAUGAUGAUGCGCUACGUGCUGCUUGCGUGUGCCCUCUGCGUGUGCGUGGGCUGCGGCUGUGCCGAUGCUGACAACGGGAGACAGCUGAAGAUGCGGCAUUAUGCUGUACACGCUGCGUCAUCUGAAUCUCCUCCGCAUGCUGUUCUCACCGCUGAUAGUGCUGAGAGUGAGGAGUGUGCAACUGGAAGUAUUCGGUGUGUGCGUGAUGAAUCUGUUGUUAUGGGUGUUACAGAUACUGAGCAUAAGAAGUGUGUGAAAAAAGGCGAGUCUUGUUCGGUGGGAUACAAACCUGUUGGUGCAAGUUCUAGCAGUGAAUCAGGUUCUUUUGAGAGUCAAGGUGGUUCACACAGUGGUGGUGUUCCUGGUGAACAAUCGUGUCCGGAAGGCCAAUCUAUAUGCCCACAACCGAAAACCCAGGAAGAAAUGGCACAACAAAAUAAGUUGGAGGUUAAUUUAUUGAAAGGUGAUGGUCCAGGUCCUCAAGUUGCCGUGGAGUGUGGUACGAAAGAGAUCCACUGUCCUGCUGUGGCUGGGCGCCAACCUGCGGGAGGGGUGUGUAUGCCUGCUGCCACUUCUUGCCAAGGUGAGGUUCCUAAACAGCCUGGGGAUGCUGAAGGAGAAGGCGAUCCUAGUUCUACUGUGUUGCAAGACGGUGCUUUGAAUCAUAAUUUGAGUGGUACGCCGCAAAAAGCAGAGAGGACGCAGUCAACGCUUCAGUCAGUCUCUGAGGGUGGUCCGGGUCGAGGCGACGAUAGAAUAAGCGAAAAGGCAGAUGAGAGUCUCGUCAAGGCUGAGGAAACGCCCGAAGCGUUGAAAACUGUGCAGCUGUCGAAGGAAAAGACAUCCCCAGGAAAACAGGAAUCCCAAAUUAUUUCUGAUGGCCUGAAUGGCGAAAAAGAGAAUCAAGGCGAGAAGAUGAGUAAUGGCAGUGCUGACGCAAACCCUCACCACACAAGCGACUCACUCGGAAACAGGGACACACCAAACGGAGGAGGAACGGGUGCCGAACAAACCAGCAACAUCCACAAGAGUGAAUCACAGGCCACUGAUGGUGCCGGUACUGAAGUUGAUUCCUCCUUAGCUGAUCCUACGACGACUCGUGGUGAAAACGGCACUGAGGCAGCGGCAACGCAUGGACAAUCAGGAUCUUCUUCCACGACUGCUGGUAUCAGCGAUGCCACUGACAGCAACCCUGCCACCACUGCUGCUGUCGAGAAAGUGAACGACACGAAGAAUGCGGACAGCAGCGUCAGUCCUGUGUGGGUGCAUGCACCGCUGCUUCUGGUGGCGUUGUUUGCAGUAACGGCUGUGUCAUGA